AUGGAGACUCCUGCUCCUCUCGGAGAAUUGCAAGCUCCAUUAUCAGUCAGCCACAUUCUUUUGUGCCAUGCUGUCAGCUUUUGGUGGAGCUUUUCAUAUCUGUUGUUUUUCCGCAUUUGCCAUCACCUUGGCUUGGAGGCAGCCCCGGCACAUACCAAUGCAGUGCAGAUGAUGAUUACACUUAAGUUGAUUGGUGUGUGCUUUGAAGUUCAUGAUACUUGGAGAAAACGUGGAGAAGCAAAGAAAAACGAUGAUGAGAAGAGAGCACAGCUGGAAUUAGAGUUGAAAUACGAGGAGGUUGACCCAUCCCCAAUGGACAUCUUUCAUUAUGCUUUCUGCUAUAUUGGUGUCCUCACAGGUCCAUAUUAUAAGUACAGAGUGUAUGAAGAUAUGUUGCAAGGGUCACCUGUCAGCAGUGGACUGGAUUGCUUACAAGCGACGCUGCGUAGAAUAUGGGUAGUGCCACUGUAUGGAACUGCAUUCCUAGCCUCUGAUUACUUCUUUCCUCUGUCAUUUGCUGAAGAUGAGGUGAUCUUCAAAGAUUAUGGCUUUUUCUAUCGUAUAUGGUACAUGACUCCAGUGUUCUUCAACUUCCGCAUGCGCAUAUAUGCUGGCUUUGUCCUCUCGGAGUGUGUGUGCAUCAUGGCAGGGCUUGGAGCAUACCCAGUAGCAUGCGAGCCCAAACCUGGUCGUGGCCCUAGCAAAUAUGAGGCACUGGAAGUAAGAUCUGAGAAAGAGUCAACCAAAGUUGAAUAUAACUUUGAAACUAUCCAUAAUAUUGAUGAGUUUGGAGCAGACUUCACCCCAACUGUUCGUGCUGGCAUGCGUUGCUGGAACAUGACUGUGCAGUUCUGGCUUGCCAGCAAUGUAUACAAACGUCUCAAACUGGCCAGGCCAGUUAGGGAGGCACUGACAAUGCUGGCUUCUGCAUACUGGCAUGGAGUGUAUCCAGGUUAUUACCUCUCCAUGUUGACUGUGCCAUUUAUCCUGGCCGUGGAAGACUACUUUGACCGCCUCGUCAGGAGGAGACUCGGAGAUUCUGGCAAGUAUGCCUAUGACUGGUUUGCCUGGUUCGUCAAGAUGCAGAACUUCGCUUACAUGGGCAUGGCUUUCCUGCUGCUGCGUGUCGACACUACACUGCAUUACUGGCAUUCCAUAGGCUACAUAUACCAUGGUCUUUUAAUCAUGAUGCACGGCUUUGCUCAGUAUGUCAACCUCAUCGUCGGCAAGAAUGUGCCUAGUUACUUUUAUGACAACUUCAACCAAACCCUUAAAGGUUUUGAAGUAUUUUGGUGUUCAACUCUCAAUUCAAAAUAG